AGCAGCGGAGCGUCCAGCGGCCAGUUCGCUGCUGAAUAGUGCCUUCGGGAUCGCUAUCACCGACUCGGUUCCGAUUUUAUAAGACACAUUUUCUAUGGCCAUACUAGAUUGCGUAGAAAACCAGGAAUUAGCAGUGAAUAGAUAAACCGAAAGGAACGAGUUAAUCGAAGCGAUCACCAUGAUAGACGCGUGGUCGCUGACCUUGGCGUUAUGCGUCAUAGGCGUUGCGGCACUCUAUUACUAUCUGAGAGGUGUGAUCAGUUAUUUUCGUGUUCGUGGAAUCCCGCAGCCAAGAAGCAGAACAAUCAUGAACAUGAUAGAAAUGAUAUCUCAAAGGAUGACAUUGGCAGAGCUCGUAUCGAAGAUGUAUACAUCGCAUCCGCAAGCGAAGUAUAUAGGAUCCUUCGAUUUUUUCACACCGACAGUCAUGAUUCGCGACCUUGAGUUGAUGAAGUCCAUCCUGGUGAAGAACUUCGACCACUUCCAGGACCACAGGAUGUUCAUAGCGGACCCGGACGAGCCCCUGUUCGCCACUAAUCUGCUCGCCCUGAAGGGAGAACGAUGGAAAGAAGUGCGAACCUUGCUGAGCCCCGCAUUUACAUCCAGCAAAAUGAAGGCGAUGUUCAAGCUGAUGUGCGAGUGUGGAGAUAGAUACGGAAAACACUUCGCGACGCUACCAGAGGAUGAUAGGUCUAUAGAGCUGAAGGAAGCCUUCACAAGGUACACAAACGACGUGAUCGGCACCUGCGCUUUUGGUAUAAAUGUGGACUCCAUAGUCGAUCGCGACAACAAGUUCUAUGUCUACGGUAGAAACGCUAUAAAAUUUGGCACGUGGCAGAUGAUUAAGAUGUUCGUGAUACGCCUUGCUCCUUGGCUUGUUAGACCACUCGGCAUAAAAAUCUUCGAUCCGGCAAUCAGCAAAUUCUUCAAGGACUUGGUAGCAACAACCAUCAAGACCAGAGACGAACAGGGUAUCGUACGGCCGGAUAUGAUACAGUUGAUGAUGGAUACUAGGGGGAAGUUGGGACCGGGUAAAGAACUCACUAUAGAAGACAUGACUGCCCAAGCAUUCGUUUUCUUCCUUGGUGGAUUCGAGAGCACGUCGGUCUUGAUGUGCUUCGCAGCCUACGAGAUCGGUGUAAGCCCGGAGAUCCAGAAGAGGCUGCAGGAGGAGAUCGACGAGGUAUUGGAGAGUAACAACGGCGAGGUGACUUACGAGGCGAUCAACGACAUGAAGUAUUUCGACGCUGUUAUAAACGAAGCUCUUAGAAUGUACCCUGCAUUAGUUGUCACCGAUCGAAUUUGUACGAAACCGUUCGAGCUACCACCCGCGUUGCCCGGUUUGGAGCCACUCUUGAUUGGGAAGGACUUUAUAGUUUCUAUUCCAAUUUACGGUGUUCAGCACGAUCCUGAACACUUCGAGAACCCGGAAAAGUUUAUUCCCGAACGAUUUCUCGAUGAUCCGAAGAAGAUUCUGAAUUCGGGAGCGUUUUUGAGCUUCGGUUUGGGCCCGAGGAUGUGCAUCGGCAACAGGUUCGCGCUUCUGGAGACCAAAGUUCUGCUGUUCAACUUGUUUGCUCGCUGCAAUUUAAAACCCAAUUCUAGAACUACCAUUCCGAUGAAGCUGAGCAAGAAAGGGUUCCAGAUGACAUCGGAAGGUGGAUUUUGGUUCGAUAUUGAGCCAAGGAGAGACGCUGUCCCCGUUUCUGUAACCUCUGCUUCCAAUGGAAGCUUUAGACGUAGAAGUGAAAGGAUCGUCAUGAUGGAUACGUGGCCGGUGAUCUUUGCGCUGGCCGCCGUGGGUGCAGCGAUCUACUACUACAUAAAGGGUGUGUACAGCUUCUUCCGUGACCGCGGGAUCCCGGAGGCGGAGGCCUACCCUUUCCUCGGCAGUUUGUGGAAAGCGAUAAGCCAAAAGAUAACGUUCGCCGAGCAGGUCGACGACCUGUACAAGAGGCAUCCCGACGCGAAAUACAUGGGCUUCUUCGACUUCCUCACGCCGAUGUUGAUGAUUCGCGAUCCGGAGCUGAUCAAGUCCGUCUCGGUGAAGAACUUCGAGCACUUCCAGAACCACAGGUCCAUGCAAGCGGACUCGAGCGAGCCCCUGUUCAGCAAGAACCUGUUCGCUCUGCAAGGAGAGCGAUGGAAAGAUAUGCGAACAUUGCUGAGCCCAGCGUUCACAUCCAGCAAGAUGAAGGCGAUGUUCAAGCUGAUGCGCGAGUGCGGAGAUAGAUACGGAAACUACUUUGCUACGCUACCAGAGAAUGGUCGGUUCAUAGAGCUGAAGGACGCGUUCACCAGGUACACCAACGACGUGAUCGGCACGUGUGCUUUCGGUGUAAAUGUAGACUCGAUAGGUGAUCGUGACAAUAAGUUCUACGUCUACGGGAGAAGGGCUACCGUCUUUGACAGGUGGAAGUCCAUCAAGUUCUUCCUGGUGCGCAGUGCUCCUUGGUUAUGCAAACUGUUCGGCAUCAAGCUGGUCGAGCCUGAGAUCACCGAAUUCUUCAUGGACUUGGUAGCGACAACGAUCAAGGUCAGGGACGAGCAGCAUAUCGUGCGGCCGGACAUGAUGCAGCUAAUGAUGGAGACCAGGGGCAAGUUGGGACCUGGUAAAGAACUCACGAUAGAGGACAUGACCGCGCAAGCGUUCGUCUUUUUCUUCGGUGGAUUCGAAAGCACUUCGGUCUUGAUGUGCUUCGCUGCCUACGAAGUAGGUAUAAACCCGAAGAUUCAGGAGAAGUUGCAGGAGGAGAUCGACGAUGUAUUGGAGAAAUGUAAUGGCGAGGUGACUUACGAGGCGAUCAACGACAUGAAGUAUCUCGAUGCGAUUAUAAACGAGGCUCUCAGGAUGUACCCGGUCAUAGUUGCUGUUGACAGAGCCUGCACGAAAUCGUUCGAGCUGCCACCAGCAAUGCCCGGUUUGAAGCCACACGUCGUGGAGAAGGGACAGUACCUUUGGUUUCCGAUCUACGGGAUUCAGUACGAUUCCCAAUACUUCGAGGAACCGACGAAGUUCAAACCGGAACGCUUCCUCGACGAUCCGAAGAAGAUCCUGAAUUCGGGUCUGUUCUUGAGCUUCGGCUUGGGCCCGAGGAUGUGCAUCGGCAACAGAUUCGCGCUUCUGGAGACCAAGGUUCUGUUCUUCAACUUGUUUGCUCGCUGCAGCUUGAAGCCUAACUCUAAAACCACAAUCCCGAUGGAACUCAGUAAGAAAGGGUUCCAAAUGACGGCUAAAGAUGGAUUUUGGUUCGACGUUGCGCCGAGGAAGAUCGCCGCUCCUGUUCUUGUUAGCUCUGUCAGCAAUGGCAGCGCUAUUCAUUAGGUUUUGUAGAUCACGAUUUUGUAUGUUUGUGCGUUUAGAUUAAUGAUCGUGCCUCGAUUUACCAGGAUAUCUACUCUGUUGAUGUUAUGUGUAACAGUUUGAGUGAUCAAUGUUGGAUUCAAUAUAACAUUUUAACUCUCAUCGCGAUUAAUGAAUCGUUCGAUUUUACAUUUUAAUCAACAUUUGUUCGUUCGAUUUUACAUUUUAAAAACAUGCUAAUGUUUUAUUUUUUUAUUCUUAUACUUAACGAUUUGCUUGUACGUUACUCUUUUAUUCUUUAACUCGUAUACUUUGUGUGUGUGUGUAUAAAUGCUGCGAUAUUUUUACUAGAAUGUUGUUGAGGUUCGACGAUGUUGAUGUGGAAACUGGAAUGUAUGGAUGCUGUUACGAGUUAUGUAAAUAUAAUUUUCGUCGAUUACAGAUAUCAGACUGCAUUUCGAAAACGCAGAAGCGAGUAUAAACAGGUUUCGUGAUUAGCGAGAGUAAAAUAAAGUCGUACAAUCCAAGAAUCUUGACAUGAUUUACUAAUUUACAUGUACAUGACUGCAAAAUGAUAGUAUGGUAAGUACUACAACAAUGCACGUAAUCUACGUAAAGAAUAGCAUCAUUUAUCAUUAUUAAAUUUGUUGAAUUUGCUAGUUCGGGAAGUAAACAUUUUACAAUUCUUUUAAAUCAAAAUGUGACCGAUGUUAAUGUUUUGACUGUUUAAAUAUAUUAUAUUUACUCUUU